UGCGCGUCCCCGCGACUCCUUCACUGCGGCUCCAUCGCCGAGCGGAACCGAGCCGCUGCAGCCGAACCCGGACCAGGACCAGGACCAGGACCAGGAGCCGGUACUGAACCCAGACCCGGACCAGGACCAGGACCAGGAAACCAGAACCAGGAACCAGAACCAGGACCAGGAUCCUGCAGAGAUGCAAGCCAUCAAAUGUGUGGUGGUGGGCGACGGGGCGGUGGGGAAGACGUGUCUGCUGAUCAGCUACACCACCAAUGCCUUCCCCGGGGAGUACAUCCCCACCGUCUUCGACAACUACUCGGCCAACGUGAUGGUGGACGGGAAGCCGGUGAACCUGGGACUCUGGGACACGGCGGGACAGGAGGAUUACGACCGUCUGAGACCGCUGUCGUACCCGCAGACGGAUGUGUUCUUGAUAUGCUUCUCCCUGGUCAGUCCGGCCUCCUUUGAGAACGUCCGAGCUAAGUGGUACCCCGAGGUUCGGCAUCACUGCCCCAACACGCCGAUCAUCCUGGUGGGAACCAAGCUGGACCUGAGAGACGACAAGGACACGAUCGAGAGGCUGAGAGACAAGAAGCUGUCGCCCAUCACCUACCCCCAGGGCCUGGCCAUGGCCCGGGAGAUCGGCGCGGUGAAGUACCUGGAGUGCUCGGCGCUGACCCAGCGGGGCCUGAAGACGGUGUUUGACGAGGCGAUCCGGGCCGUGCUCUGCCCUCCGCCGGUGAAGAAACGAGGGAAACGCUGCACCAUGUUCUGAGGAGACGCUAGCUAACACCGCUACAACACCGCGCCACCGAGGGGGUCGGAACUAGUGAGAGCGAGUGUGCAAUUUUCAGAUCGCUUUCUUUAUAUUGAUGUUUUUUCAACAACCGUAUUGGUAACAACGCCAAUGUCCAAUUAGAUUUUUUUAACCAUUACUGAGUAACGUCAUAGAUUCUCUCUGAAAAAACUGGCUGUCUGACUGUCCGACUAAUUUCUACUCAAAGAACUGAUGAUGAUUAUGAUGAUGAUGAUGAUGCAGCAUGUCUCCUCUCUCAGCCACGCUUGAAUUAAACAACGAUUGGCUGAACGUUAACUGUGAAUGAAGCGGGUCUAAAGUUCCUCUUGCCUCUAAUCUUAAGAUCAACGCGUUAUAAAAGCGACGUACCGCUGCUGAAACGGUGCCAUACUGUAGUUUCAGUCAAAACUGUCGGAACAGGUAGCAGGUCUAGCAGGUUUAUCAUCAGAUCAGGAUUUACACUUAAGUCAACCGAAAUCCAGACUAGUUCAGCCAGCGUUGGGGGGCAGAUUCAAACCAAAACCCCCUGGUGCCCCUGGUACCCUUGGUAAUGCCCUUGGUGUUGCCCUUGGUAAUGCCCUUGUGCUGCCCUUGGUGUUGCCCUUGGUGCUACCCUUGGUGAUGCCCUUGGUAAUGCCCUUGGUGUUGCCCUUGGUGAUGCCCUUGGUGAUGCCCUUGGCGUUGCCCUUGGUGAUGCCCUUGGUGAUGCCCUUGGUGUUUCCCUUAGUGCUACCCUGGGUGUUGCCCUUGGUGAUUCCCUUGGUAAUGGCAUUGGUUUUGCCCUUGGUGAUGCCCUUGGUAAUGCCCUUGGUAAUGCCCUUGGUGUUGCCCUUGGUGAUUCCCUUGGUGAUUCCCUUGGUGAUGCCCUUGGUAAUGCCCUUGGUAAUGCCCUUGGUGAUUCCCUUGGUAAUCCCCUUGCUGUUGCCCUUGGUGUUGCCCUUGGUGUUGCCCUUGGUGCUGCCCUUGGUAAUGCCAUUGGUUUUGCCCUUGGUGUUGCCCUUGGUGUCGCCCUUGGUGAUGCCCUUGGUAAUUCCCUUGGUAAUGCCCUUGGCGUUGCCCUUGGUGAUGCCCUUGGUGAUGCCCUUGGUGUUUCCCUUGGUGCUACCCUGGGUGUUGCCCUUGGUGAUUCCCUUGGUAAUGCCCUUGGUGUUGCCCUUAGUGAUUCCUUUGGUAAUGCCCUAGGUGUUGCCCUUGCCCUGGGUGAUUCCCUUGGCAAUGCCCUUGGUAAUGCCCUUGGUGAUUCCCUUGGUAAUGCUCUUGGUAAUGCCCUAGGUAAUGCUCUUGGUAAUGCCCUUGGUGAUUCCCUUGGUAAUGCCCUUGUACUGCCCUUGGUGUUGCCCUUGGUGCUACCCUUGGUGAUGCCCUUGGCAAUUCCCUUGGUAAUGCCCUUGACGUUGCCCUUGGUGAUGCCCUUGGUGAUGCCCUUGGCGUUGCCCUUGGUGAUGCCCUUGGUGAUGCCCUUGGUGUUUCCCUUAGUGCUACCCUGGGUGUUGCCCUUGGUGAUUCCCUUGGUAAUGGCAUUGGUUUUGCCCUUGGUGAUGCCCUUGGUAAUGCCCUUGUUAAUGCCCUUGGUGUUGCCCUUGGUGAUUCCCUUGGUGAUUCCCUUGGUGAUGCCCUUGGUAAUGCCCUUGGUAAUGCCCUUGGUAAUGCCCUUGGUGAUUCC